GAUGGUAACUUCAGUUCCAUACUGAUAUUUUAAAUACAAAUUUAAAAAUAUCAAAAUUCCCAUUGAAUAUCCUGGUGAGUAAUGACAUCAUGACUUCUACGGCGACUGUUGCCUAGCAACGGUUGCUACCAACGGGAGAUCUGUCCGGAGGCCGUUCUGAAGGAGGUCUUCGGUUCGUCGCUUUUAAUGGAAAGUCACGCCUCAGAGAGGAUCAUGGGAGAAAGUCUCCACUCCAGCGUCAUCUGGGACCAAGACUUCAUCAGAAAACCACAGGAGGACCUGCAACACCUCCCUGCAAUCCACGUCCGACAUCCGGACAGUCCGGACCGUGACGGUCUCCAGAGUCUGAUCCAGAAGAAAGACAUUCUGGACCAACAGCUGGAGUCUGAGAGCCAGGAGCACCAGAAGCUCCAGAAGGAGGUCUCUAGCGCCAAGCUGAGCCUGGAGGAGCUGAGGAAAGAGGUGGUCCGUGACACAUCGAAGACCGAGAGGCUGAAGACUCAGAAGGCCAUCCGGACUCUGGAGUACAAGCGGCACAGAGCCUCCAUUGACCUGAACGUACAGGUGGCUAAAACCAGAGGUCUGGGGGAGGAGCUACAGACUCUGUAUAAUGAAAGAACCUCCUUCCAGCAGCUGUACAACAAAAUGAACAAGGAACUCCGGGACGUCAGGAAGAAGAUCAGAGAGGAGAUGAUUGUGUGCGCCGCUGCUGACCACGAAAGGUUGGAGGUCCAGUCCAAGAUGGCUGUCACACAGGAGCAGGCGGGGGAGGCGCUGACCCAAACCAAGGCCGAGAUCCUGAAACUCAACCGGGUGAUUGCGCUGGAGAUGACCCGCAGAGACUUCAAGGUCGUGAAGAGCAGCGGAAGGGGCGGUCUGGACAGCAGCGGCGGAGUCACACCACAGAAGUUUCCUACGAGGGCGAAGCAGAACAUGGGGGAUUCAGGGGUGGUGUCCCUGGACGCUCUGACGGAAGCCUUUGAAAAGAUUCAGGCAGCGUCAGGAGUCGACGACCUGGACGUCCUGGUCAACAACUUCAUCAAAAACGAGCAGAAAAUCUUUGAACAAAUGAGUUUUCUGAACAUCCAACAAGCCAAAGUCACGGCCCACAAGGAGCUGAGCAGCGAGAUCCAAGCAGAGAUUGAUUCCCUUCGAGCUGAACAUCUGCAGCAAAAAGAAGCUCUUUCUGUUUCACACAAGACGAAUGAAGAACAAUGGAGGAGGGUUGAAUCUCAAAUAGAGGACUGUGAACACAAAUGCAUCACCUUCACCAAAAUCAGGGAAGACUUCGAAAAAGAGUUACACAGCAUUCCCUUCACAUCCUUGUGGAAGCAGCUGGAGAUCCCCGAGGAUGACACCACAAUGCUCAUGAGCCUCCUGGAGCAGAUCACCAACUACCUGCUGACCAUACAGGUCCUCCAGAAGUUCAAGAAACAGGAAAAAAAUCCAACGCCUUCAAAGAAAAAACGUCCAGAUGUUUAACCUGCUGCUUUAGGUUUGAGUUUGAAUGGAAAUGUCUGAAAUUCUGUCAGUCAGAGGAGGUUGAACCGCUGCUGGAUGUGUCUGUGUAGCUCCUCAGCAUGGAGGUCAUGUCUCCAACAAGACAUUUCAUCGAUGAGGAGGAGGAGCUGUCGGAGGAGGAGCUGUCAAAGGAGGAGCUAUCAGAGGAGGAGCUGUCGGAGGAGGAGCUGUGCUCUGCAGCGCCUCAGUGCAAUAAAACAUCAUAUUUACUCUGCAAGAA